CUGUGCCCCAGCCAUGGUUUUCCUGUCAGUCCCGGUGAGCAGAAAGCUGUUUAUUCUAACAGUGCUGACUUUUAAGCAGCGCCUGAGAGAAGACGAACAAUGAUUUCAUAUUGCCCUAUGUGUGGAAAGCCGGUCUACUUUGCUGAGCGGAAGCGUUCUCUCGGCAAAGACUACCAUCCCCUUUGUCUGAAGUGCUACCACUGCAAACGGCAACUCAGCCCUGGCCAGCAUGCUGAGUAUGAUGACAAACCCUAUUGCUCCCGUUGUUAUCUUCAACGCUUUGGGCCAAGAGGGACAAGACCAUUAACAAGUCGCUCAUCCUUUGGUGCAUCUGCUUCAUCUAAGGUUCCAGCUGCAACCCGAAAGACCUCUUAGAUGUCCUGUUAUAAAGGUGGGGCAGCAAUACAUGCAACAAGAAGCAAGAUCUGCAUUUUCACAAUUUCAGUCAUUGGAGAAUAUUGCUUGAACAUGACGACAUAACAUUGGAACUUGAGACAACUUUCCAAAGAAAGUUACUCCUCUUGUUGACUAAAAUGGUACCUGCGAAUAAUCUA